GAGAGCUAGAAGUCCCAGGAGUGCCAUGGGAAGGGAUCCCAGGCGGCCCUUAAUGGGGCUGAGCAUUUCCGCUGCCAGCUCGGCGCCCCCCCCACCUCAUCUUCGGGGGGACAACAGGUAUAAGAGGCGGGUGGGGCAGACAAGCAGGAGAGGGAGAGAAGGCAACAUGGAUGCUGGCCGAGUGGCGGUGCUGCUGGUGCUGAUGCUGAUGCUGGUGGGCAGGGGCCAAGCUGAAGGACCAGAGAGCAGCAGGGACGGAGUUGGGGACCAUCUUUUCAUGGAGGAAGAGGACGGACCCCCCCAUGGACAGGAUGCCCAGACACCCACGGCUCUUCUGCGGUCCUUGCUACAAACCAUGCAGAGACUGGGCCAGAGCCCAGCCUUUCUGUUCCAGCCCCAGAGGUUUGGCCGGGAUGCCCAGAGGAGCCCCGGCAGACAGUGGCUGAGUCCCCAGGCUGGGGAGGGACCGAAUCCUCUGUUCUGGAGCCUGGCUGCCCCACAACGCUUUGGGAAAAAGUGAUGUUGCAUUCAACAGACAUGUUUUUGCAUGCAAAGCCCACAUACAUGCCAUCUGUCCUAAUAAAAGCAUCUUACUACCAGA